AAUAAUAAGUAUACUUGAUAUAAAGCGAAAUUAUUCUUGAUAUUUUAAUCAACUGUAUCCUGUCCCCUGUUAUGUUAUAUAGCAUAUAGCAGUGCGUCCUACUCAGUGCAGUACGAUGACGCGAUCGAUACAGUACUAACGUAAUUUUCCGGACCUCACACAUUUAUUUAUAAUAGUUGUAGUAAUAAACGGUAUUUCUUUCUUUUUAUUUAAAUAAAAUAAAAUAAUUAUUCAAAUGAGUGAUUUAUUUUUGUGGUAAAAAUUUAAUCAACGUAACAUGUAAUAUUUCGAUAUUUAUAUUUAUACAUAAAAUAACUAUUUAAUUCUAAAACCACAGAUAUAAUUAUUGAAGUGAAUAAAAUUUCUAUAAAUAUAAAUACUAUAUAACACGAUUUACGUGAAUGAUUUCACAGCUGGGUAGCAGUGAAUGCAUAUAAUGCAUAUGUGUACAAUCGGACGGAAAAAUUCAAGUGCAUCGAAUUAUUAUCAAUGAUAAUUAUAUUUUAUAUUUAAUUAACGGUGUCACAAGUAGAUUAGAUUUGAAAUGGUUGAUACAUAAAAAUAGACAAGUGUCUUAGUUUACGCUGAUAAUUAUUUUAAAUAGGGUAAUAAAAGUUAUUGGAGAUGGCAUCCAAGAUAGUUAUUGGAAGACUGAGUAUCAAUUCAGCAAAGAGCUAUGCAAAUAUUGCAGCCUGUCCCACCGUUGAGCACAGAACCACUCAAAACGAAGAAUUAUCAUGGGAACAAGCCAAACCCUAUAACCAGAUUCCAGGACCUAAAUCUUAUCCUAUCGUCGGAAAUUUAUUUAAAUUUUUACCUUACAUAGGUGAAUAUGGAAAUAUGCCAUUGUAUGAACAAAUGAAAUCAUUGAAUAAACAGUAUGGAAGUAUUGUGAAGCUUUCAGGAGUUUUCGGUAGAAGGCCUUCAGUAUUUUUGUAUGACCCGGAACAAUGUGAAAAAAUGUAUCGUUUGGAGGGGGUUUGGCCAAUGAGAAUAGCCAUUGAAACAAUGUGUAAAUACCGAGAGAGAAACUCAAAAGUUUAUAAAGGAAAAUUGGGACUUGUUGGCAGCCAAGGUAAAGCCUGGCACGAAUUUAGAAAAAAUGUGAAUCAACAUAUGAUGCAGCCGAGAAGCAUCAAGCCCCACGUGGCACAAGUCGACCAAGUUGCCAACGACUUUAUCACGAGAAUACGAAAACUUCGAGAUGCAAAAAGUUUUAAACUACCGGCAACAUUCAACAACGAAAUGAAUAAGUGGGCUCUCGAGUCUAUAUGUAUGAUUGCGAUGGAUCAUCGUUUGGGAAGUUUUGAGGACGGGUUAACAGCCGACUCAGAACCACAACAAAUGAUUGAUGCGGUUCAUAAAAUGUUUGAGCUUUUCUACCAACUUGAAAUUUUGCCCUCAUUGUGGAAAAUUUAUGACACUCCGAAACUUAACAAGUUAUUUAAAACACUGGAUACUAUUACGAGAAUCGCUUCGAAGCAUAUCGACGAUGCUAAACUAAAGUUUGCCAAGUACCCGAAGAGCAAUACAAACGAACGUAGUGUCCUGGAAAGUUUAUUGAGUAUCGACGAACAAACUGCUUAUAUUAUGGCACUCGAUAUGCUAACUGCUGGAAUUGACACGACUGGAAACGCUACAGGUUUAUUAUUGUAUCAUCUUUCAAUAAACCCUCGAGUGCAGGAAAAACUACGAGAGGAAACAUUAAAUUUACUGCCCAAUAAAACAUCCCCUGUAACAUUUCAUGUUCUUAAUAACAUUCCGUACCUCAAGGCGUGUAUCAAAGAAUCGCUUCGAUUAACACCAAUAGCUAUUGGCAAUUUACGAACAAUGCACACUGAUGUUGUUCUCGGUGGCUACAAAAUUCCCAAACAUACCGAUGUAGUGGCUUGUCACAGUGUACUGUCAAUGAGUCCCGAUCACUUUUCACGGCCAGAACAAUUUUUACCAGAAAGAUGGUUGAGAAAUAAUGAUACAGAUAUAAAAGCUAGUAAGGACGCACAUCCUUUCGCUUACAUGCCAUUUGGUUUUGGGCCACGUACGUGUAUUGGCAGACGAUUUGCUGAAUUAGAAAUGGAAACGCUUACACUAAAGAUGUUGCAAAACUUUAAAAUGGAAUGGCCCAAUGAUCCUCUUAAAAUAAAAAGCCGGUUUAUUAAUACAAUGGGCUCGCCUUUACAAUUAAAAUUAAUUGAUAUUUGAAAGUGUGAUAGAAAAAAAUUAAUUCACUGUAAAUAAUAGGACAAAGGUAUCUAAAUGAUAAGAUAAAAAAUAAUCAAGUUUAAUAAA